AUGUUGUUGUCGAAUGAAACCUUAUUCAUCCGAGAUUUUGAUUCGGCUGACGACUUGAGCCAUGAGCUAUUUUAUGACACAGAACUUCGAGAACUGGUAGAAGAUGGCAAUGUCAGAUUGGAAAUGAAUCGGGUAAGGAUUGUAAAAUACGCAGUUAUAAAUAGCUUUAAAAUUGUUUAUUACAUGGUACCCUUUAUUCAAACUAACAAUAAUAUAUUCAGUCGCUCCGAGAUCAAAUCUUCAACACGUUAUGGCCUUCAAUAUUCAUCGUACUCUUAAUUUAUUGCCUUUGUGCUAUUGUCUGGCUUUUUUACAAUAUAAAACAGUACCGAAAGCAAAGGAGAAAAAAUAAAGGAAGAAAUGAAGAAUUGGGAAAAAAGAGAAAAUGUAAGUCAAAAUUUUUAAAACUAAAGAAAAAUUUUGAACUGAAAGAAUAGUAAAUUCUGGUAGUAAUGAACAAGUAAGGCUAGAAUAAAGAUUGAUUAGACACUUGGUCAAGCUGGGUACGGUUAAGGUAAUUUCUGGGUAGAAGUCAAGUAAAACAGGAUACAGUUAGAGUAGAGUUAGGGUAUAAAUAUCGUGGAGCUGGGCCAGGGCAUAGAUAGUUUUUUUUAACAAAGGGUAACGUUAGAGCAAGGGUACGGCGUUAGUAGUUUUAAGACCGUUCCACAGCAAGCCAAAAUAAAAGAAAAAUGGAACUAAGGUGGCCGUGGCAUUUCGUUAACUCAAAAGUCUCAAAUAUUGAUCCAAAAAAUAAAAUAAAUAUUUAAAAUGUUGAACGAAACGUGUGAAAUUAUCAAAUAAUAGUUAAAAUAAAUCAAAUUUUGAGCUGUAACAAAUAUUAAAAAAUUCGCUAUGUUUCGGCGGUUCUUUGAAGGCCAAACUGGUCUUGAUCCGUCAAAGAAUUGUCCAGAUAUGACACUACAAGUUUACCACAAACGAAUUUCAUUUUCAAAAUUCCGACCGCUUAAUUUCAAACAAUUUUUUACAAAAAAUAGAAUUUCACACUUCGCAUCGUUUUUUACACGAAAUGUCACUCUGUCUUUAUUUCCUCUUUUGGCAUGACGUGCUUUCUAAGGUAGAAAAGGCAUUAGCUUUAGUCUAAGCUUAGAUUAGAUUAAUCCUUAGCCUCAGCCCUAUCCUAACAAGAUUUGUAAGCCAUAUCAUAAGCCUCAGCUUAAGCCCUAGCCUAAACCGUAGUCUAAGCCCUAGCCUAAGUUCUAGCCUAAGCCCUAAUUUAAGCCCUAGCCUAAACCCUAGUUUAAGCCCUAGCCUAAGCCCUAGCCUAAGCUCUAGCCUAAGCCAUAGCCUAAGUCCUAGCUUUUAAUCUGUUUUUUCCAGAAAACAUUUAGAAAUCUACCACCAGAUCCCAAUCACUGAAUUAGAAGCAGGCAGUUCUAGAACUGAAGAAACCCGAUUGAUGUCGACCACACCAGUGACUGUAAUCGAUGAAACAUAA